GAAUACUAAAGUGGCAACAUUAUUUGUCAUUCACAGGUCAAGAUGGCGAUGUUUCGCUCUCUUGUGCGAUCUUUUCACUCUACUCCAGCGAGGUUGAAUACAGUUCUUCAUCCUCCAAAUCCGAAAGAUUAUGUUGCUGGAAUGAAAUUAUGGAGGAACUUGACUAUAUUUGUGGCUGCACCUUCCAUUGUUCUGUGCAUGAUCAAUGCUUAUUUGGGUGAAAAAGAACAUAUGGAACAUUUAGAGGAGCAUCGUCCAGAAUUUAUUCCCUAUGAGCAUCUGCGAAUUCGUAAGAAACGAUUCCCAUGGGGUGAUGGUAACCACAGUCUGUUCCAUAACCCAAAAGUUAAUCCACUACCAGAGGGUUAUGAGGAUUGAAUUAUCUUACAUAAUUUUCUAGUGAACUGCAGAUUUCUCACUUACUGAAUAUUUCUGAAUGUAUAGUAUGAUUCAAUAAAAUGUUAAACAAAAGUUAUCUUGUAAAUUAAAAAGGAUUUUUCCUGUAUAAAUUUUA